ACAAACCAACACAAAACACACAAUAAAAAAACGCAACACAACAANUCUUGAAAUCAUUUCAGCGAAAACCCAUUUCCCUUUCCCAUCCAAGACCCAACAUUUCUUUAUUUCUCUUCUUUAAUCCACCAAAACAAGCAGAACCCAUUUGCUUUCUCAAUUUAGAAGGGGGAAAAAUCCUGAGAGAUCCCCUUUGCGUUUGAUCUCUUCAAACUCUAGCAUACAAAAAAUGACAGAGGUGCUCCACUCACCUUCUUCGUCGUCGUCUCCCUCAAUAUCUACGCCCACUCACAAUGCCGCGUUUCUCAACCAGACUCAGUCUUUUGCGGGUGAAGAGGGGAUUUCUAGUCUGACAGCGGGUGACUUGGAAGAAGAAGAGGAGGAGGAAGAAAACAGCGUGCGAGAGGAAAGGGAGAACGAUAGGAGGGAUCAGCUAUCUCUGUUAGCACUUCUGGUUACCCUCUUUAGGAAGGGUUUUUGGUUGGCCUGCAAAACGGAUAGACACAAUUUUUCCAAUGGUGCUGCCGCCGGUGGCGGCGGCGGAAGCGGUGGUGGGGCUAUGGAGAUUGGUUGGCCUACUGAUGUCCAGCAUGUUAAUCAUGUCACAUUUGAUAGGUUUGACGGGUUCUUGGGUUUGCCUGUUGAGUUCGAGCCGGAGGUACCAAGGAGGGCCCCUAGUGCUAGUGCCACUGUUUUUGGAGUUUCUACUGAAUCAAUGCAGCUUUCUUAUGACCUCCGAGGCAAUAGCAUUCCAACUAUUCUUUUACUUAUGCAGAGGCAUUUGUACUGCCAAGGUGGCCUUCAGGCUGAAGGUAUUUUCAGAAUAACAGCAGGAAACAGCCAAGAGGAGUUUGUGCGCGACCAACUGAACAGAGGAGUUGUUCCUGAAGGCAUUGAUGUCCACUGUUUAGCCGGCCUAAUCAAGGCUUGGUUUAGAGAGCUUCCAAGAGGAGUGCUCGACUCUCUGUCGGCCGAGCAAGUGAUGCAGUGCUCGUCAGAGGAGGAUUGUGAAGCUCUUGUGGGGAUUCUGCCGCCAACUGAGGCAGCUCUGCUCGAUUGGGCUGUCAACCUGAUGGCUGAUGUGGCACAAGAGGAGCACAUGAACAAGAUGAAUGCUCGAAACAUCGCUAUGGUCUUCGCCCCAAACAUGACCCAGAUGGUGGACCCACUGACUGCAUUGAUGCAUGCAGUCCAAGUAAUGAACUUCCUCAAGACCCUAAUCGAGAAAACCCUACGCGAAAGAGGGGAUUCCAUCAAAGAACCACCGAUCUCUAUAAUGGAGGAGCCUUCUGAUGACAAUGGCAACCACCACAACUUAUUCUCCCAACUUAUUCAUCAACAAAAUCGAGAGGAGACGAAUGACGAGCCCACUCAGGCCUAUUUAGUGGAGGAUCCAUGUUCGGAUUUCGAGUCUGAAACCAAGCAGUUUAUUAACACCACCACUGAUGAGGAUUGCUGCUAUCUUAGUAGUUACUCGACUUCUACUGAGGAAUCUGACGAGAGUGUCUCGUGUGGGACCCCACCUGGUGAAGUUAACACUGUCAAAUUGUCUGUUCAAAAGAAACCCGAAUCGAAAGCCGAGGGCGAUUUAGGGAGUUCGAAAAUUGAACAUUUGGUGGGAAAGGGAGUUUGCAGCAACCUGAGCCGUAUAAAUUCGAUGACUGAAAGGUGUGAAGCGUGGCGCUGAGUGGAGGUUUUAUGUUUGUGAUGUGAUGUCACACUUUUACAUCUCUGGCUGAGUUGAAACUUGUGUGUAACUAUUGUUUCUGUUUGUUAACCUGGUUGAUCUUUCUUUAUCUGUCAAAGGUGUUUUCCAUGUAAGGAUUGUUUGGGAGAAAAGAGACAUGAUAAGUGGAUAUUUGGGAUGUUGAGUUGUUUUUCUUGAUUGUGUGUUUUUUUAUUUCUGUUGUGUCAUCUUGAAAAGUUCAUCUUUAAUUUUUUAUUUUUCUUAAAUAUAGGAUAGUGUGGUAGAUUGUGUCUGAUGAUGGAUUGUUGCUUAUUCAUACAUGCAGGAAGAAAUCCAAAUCGGCCAUCUCGAAUGAUUUUUUUUUCCCAAAAAGGUUAUACUUAGAGGACUAGAAUUAUGAUUACUCACUUUUUAUGCUACUAUCUUUUUGGAUUGAUU